UGGGAGAUCUUCCGAUGGAAAAUCCAGAUCUCAUAGAAGGAGAUAUUCUAGGAGCGGAUGAUCAGGAUGACAGAAAUGCAGUUGUGGAUAAAAGACAGGUAUGGCCGGGAGGAAUUGUACCGUACGUAGAAGAUCCUGGAUUGGACAAAACUGUCAAUCCAGCUAUCAUGACAAAUGCCAGAUUUAUAUACAAGAGAGACACUUGUAUCCGCUUCGUACCCAGGACUACUGAGAAGGAUUACAUAAGAAUAUUUCCAGGACAAGGUUGUUAUUCCCAUGUUGGUAAAACAGGAGGAGCGCAACCACUUUCUCUUGGCAUGGGCUGCGGUUACAUGGGAACAGUCAUUCAUGAGCUCGCCCAUGCUCUUGGAUUCUACCACGAACAGAACAGAUCUGACAGAGAUGACUGGUUAAUUAUUUUCUGGGAAAAUAUCAAAGAAGGAAUGGCACCCCAGUUCAUGAAACUGAAACCUGAUCAGAAUCAAUUGCUAACACCAUUUGAUUAUGAUUCCAUUAUGUUGUAUGGGUCUUACACCUUCUCCAAGGAUCGCAAGAACAAACUCAUGACCAUGGUGGGCAAAAAUAAUCUAUUCCUUAAAGAUGUGAUCAAUAAGUACUUCAUGAGUAAGAGCGAUAUUAUUAGGAUAAAGAAAUUGUACAACUGUCCUUGAUUCAAUAAAUUUCAGUGGCUACUUUGUCUCUUUUA